CACACAGAAACAAACUGCUGAAAACACUUUGUCAAGACGGAUUUGAUCAAAAACAGAAAUGGAGAAACACGAGCACAAGAAUGAAAUGGAUAAUCUAGAAGGUCCAUCAACACUGGAGCUGCGGUCAGAAGUCACGGUCGAGGAGUUUAAUACGGACAAAAAUGAGUUCUUGGACAGACUCAGUGUGGCCGCCAGCAACCUGCAAUGUACGCGCCCCAUCCAGCCAGAGGAUCUACAGGAGGACCAGAACCUGAGACCCGAGCAUGAAGAGGAGGAGCAGAUGCAAAUACAAGAAGAAAUUGAAAGUCUGAGUUGGUCCCCCAGAACGCUUCUGGUUGUGUCAGCCAACAUAGAGGUGGUCACAGAACAGCAGCAAGAAAGGACAAUUACAGAGACCGUCUCAAAGGAUGUAGGCCUGACGGACGAAAUGGCAGCCCUCAAGAAGGAGUUAGAGGAGGUAAAGAAUGUGACAGCUGCCAAGCUCCUGGAGCUGCAAGAAGAAAUUGCAGCCCUUAAGAAGGAUAUGGAGGAAAGGAAGGCUCUGCAGAGAGAAGCCUUAAAAAAGGUUACUGCCCAGCAACCAAGGGACGUUGUCAGGCCGAAAGAAGAGGCAAUUGAACUCUACGUGGACCCUGUUGAGAGUCAGAAAGAAGAGGCAACUGAACUCAACGUGGACCCUGUUGAGAGUCAGAAAGAAGAGGCAACUGAACUCAACGUGGACCCUGUUGAGAGUCUGAAAGAAGAAAAACCAGCCCUUCAGAAUGAAGGGGAGAACCAGCCGACAGAAGCCCACAAAGAAACAAAGGCUGCCGGUCAGCUCAAGGAAAUAAUCCAACCGCAAAACGAGGAACUCAAACCCGACCUUGAGCAGAAUCAAAGUCAACAAAAGAUCAAAAACAAGAAGAAGCUUUCUCGAUGGAAGAGAUUCAAGAAGUCUGAGUGGACUGCUCUUUUAGGGCAGUGUCUUUGCUGCAUGGUCUUUCCUCUGCUUGCAUGUUUUGCCUAAUAGUCUUGCUUUUACUCUGAGAGAAGCUAUGAGCAGCGGCUCUUGGAUA